AUGAUGAAUCUGCAUUCGGUUUAUAUUUUAUUUUUCAUAUUCUCAGUAAUCUACUGCGAUCCUAAAUCGGGAACUGGUAAAGAGACAGCAUAUCGUGAAUUUGAAUAUCGUAUUGUUACUCGACAAUUGUAUGGCACAAACGAGCGAACAGGAAAAGAAGCACAGGGUAUCAGUGAAGGCGAAUUGAACAAAUACGGUCAAGAUGGAUGGCAACUUUGUGGAAUGAUCAAUGCGAAUUUUAUUCCCGGCCUUUGGUCAACUCGAAUCCCUGAUGUUCAAAUGAUAUUCAAACGACCGAAAAUAAAAAGUCGAGUUCAAGCUGGUUGA